AUGAGCCCAGGUCAAGAGAAGAGCAGUCCGCACAUGGGCUUAUGUAAGCAAUCUGAAUGCGGUGGCGCGAGUGCAAAGUCGCUCGCGGUCGUCGACACACGCAACAGUCCGAGCGAGGCAGCGACAGAGACGCGCCGACGCGCGCGAGACGCGAAGUCCGCGACUUGCUCCCUACCGGCUCUCGACGUUCUCGACGCCGCCGCCGCCUCCUCCACAACUCCUCAAUGGGUUAAGGGUUAG